AUGCGCAUGCGCUCUGAAGACCUACAGCGGCGCGCAGGCGCAAGCCUGCUGGGGCGCAUGCGCAGGGGCCGUGCAGCCGUUGGCGCGCGAGGCCGGCUGGGCGGCGGGCUGAGGGAUGCCGCGGCUCCUCUGCGUGUCCACAAAAGAAGAGCCAGAAGGCUGUGCGGCCGGCACCUACUGAAAGGAAUAGUCAAACUCUGUGGGGAUGCUGACUGGAACCACUUCGACCAGAACAGCCUCGUGAAAAACCAGCUGGACCUCCAGGCCAUGAGGAAGCUUCAAAGCUUCAUCCGGGAGCUGCCGGAAAACUCCCGGAUCCAGGGGAGAGGCACGAACGGAGAAGCUUUUCUCUUCUCUACUACUGCCUCCCAGGAAGCAGCAACAAACAAUCUGGAGAUGCAGUCACCUCCUGAGUAUCAGUAUAAUAAGGACAACUUGCUACCUAAUACGACAAGUGAACUUGCCUCAUCACAAGAUAUCAGUUCAUAUGUUCAAGAGAUUAUAGAAUUUCAGAACCAAAAUACAAAUAAAGUUAAAACCUUAAGGAAAUUGUUUUGGGGGAAUCAUCCCCAAAGAAUACGGAGAGGAUACUCAGAAAAGUGUUGUCGUAAAGGAUGUACAGAAGAAGAACUUAUAAUUGCAUGCCUUCCAUAUAUUCAUUUUUAAAACUUAAAGCAAGAGGAGCACCAAUUGUGA